AUGGCGUAUAGAGUUGUUCCCUGCCGUCUCGGAGACGCCGAGGCCAUCGCUGUCAACAACAUGACGGCCUUCUGGGACGAUAUAACCUGGCGGCUGACAUGGAUGCCCUGGAAGGACUCCGAGGGCAUCGAGCACCCCGGGGUGCCACUCGAGGAGCUUGUCGCCCGGGGCAAGCGGCGGUACCCGUGGAAUCUGCUCAAAAACCGCACCGAGGUCCGGGAGACCAAAGCCGUCGACGAGAACGGCAAGCUAGUUGGGUUCGCGCGUUGGGUGAUGCCCGAAGCCCACACCAAUGCGUGGCUCGACGCCCAGGUCCCCGAUGCGUCGGUCGAGGAGCGGGACCGGCUCAGAGAGCUGCACGCCAGCACAACGUGGAACUGGCGCAAGGAUAUGAACCCGAUCGACGACCCAGUCGACAAGCGGCUCGAAAAGUUCAAGGACGAGUGCAAGGGUUACAUGCGCAAGUCCGCCAAACUCGACUUUCUCGCCGUACACCCCGACAAUGCGCGGAAGGGCAUCGCGACGGUGCUGGUGCGCAAGGGCAUGCAGGUGGCUGAGGAGCUGGGCAUCGGCAUCUUCAUGCUGGCAUUCAACUGCGGGCUGAACGUGUACACGCGACUGGGCUUCCAGCUCGUCGACCAGAUUAUCCAGGACGAUACCGUGUACGGGGGCGAGGGCAACUACGCGCGCUACUACCUGUGCCUCGACCCGGCCAGGAAGCUUGACGGGGAGGGCAACCCAGAACCUGCUCUGCCCGAGGAGAAUGGGGGCGAUAAAGAGCUUUGA